AGUUGGUGUUCAGCCUUGUCGCUGGUAUUACCGUCACCAGCAAGCACCAUCGUCACCGUCUUGGUGUUGAGGUACCACACCAACAAACUCUCGCAAUGUUCACUCGCACCAUCGUCGCCGCAAUGGCUUCGGCCUCGCUGGCUGGCGCUCAGAGUUCAGACUCGGAACAUACACUUGCUGCUUUCGCUUUCGUUCGCACGGGAGACCGGACACCCGUUUUGCGCAAUAAUACCCAGACUCUUACCACGCUCGGCGCGAAUCAAAUGCAUGCGCUUGGUCAGAAGUUCAGGUCAAAGUUUGUUUCCGGUACCGAGUCCAUUGCGGAGCUAUCAGAGGAUGUCCUGAACAACGAUCAGAUUUGGGUUCAGACUCUCGAUGCACCAUACCUCGUAUCGUCAGCGCAAGCCUUCAUGCAAGGGCUCUUCCCACCACAUGACAUCAGCAACGCGACUGGUGAUAACACUGGCGUCCUCGCAGACGGCACCUCGAUCGACUACCCGCUCAACGGGUAUCAGUACGCCAGCAUCCAUGCUGCGAAUGUGUACGACCCGUAUGCGAGACUUGUAUCUGGAUCUGCACAAUGUCCACAAGGACAGUCAGACGCACUGAAAUAUUUCACGACUCCGGAAUAUUGGGACGCCCAGACUUUGGCGGACAAUAGGGAUCUGUACAAGAACCUCCCUCUGGAUUGGUUCGAAGGCCAUGUCAAUCAAGAUGAAUUGUCAUACCUCUAUGCACUUGAGAUAGCAGAUUACUUAUCGUACCAAUAUUCGCACAAUUCCAGCAUCUACAAGACCUUAGCAAACGACUCCGAUUACACAGGCUUGUACAAUGAGCUCCGGUACCGCGCCGACGAAGUAGCCUGGUAUUUAUACGGCAAUACCUCAGCAACCGACACCAGCGAGCGAGCUAUCGGCGGCAAAACGCUCGCGGGCUCAAUUCAAAACACCUUCGACAUGCUCGUAUCCGGCAAGAACAACAGCGCCGGCGAGAUCAGCAGCGCCGGCCAAAUCAGCACGCCCAGCCCACUCACCCUUUUCUUCGGCGAACAAGACGCCAUGAUGAGCCUUAUGUCUCUCAUGAUGCUCGACACACAGUCCUCAGACUUCAAAUCAAUCCCACCCUAUGGGUCAGCCAUGAUCUUCGAGCUCUUCAGCACCAGCUCCAGCACAGACAUGCCCAGUGACCCCAACGACCUCUGGGUCCGCUUCUACUUCCACAACGGCACGGACGCGGACGACAAGCCACUGCAAUCCUACUCCAUGUUCAACAACGGACGAUCCAUGACAGACAUGCCGUACACAGAGUUCGAGAGACUCUUCAGCACCAUCUCCAUGCAUGGCCUGACCGACUGGUGCGAAACCUGCAGCACGGGAGCUUUCUUCUGCCGCGGUGCAGACGGAAGCGGCGUCACGCUCGUUGUCCCCUCUCCCCAGGAAAAACAGAAGAAAGACACUGUCUCCCCCGUCGUCGGCGGCGUUAUCGGCGCAAUCGUCUCCCUCGUCGUAGCAGGUCUCCUCUUCGCCCUCGCCAUGCUCCUCACAGGACUCCGGUUCCACCGCGUUGAGCACCGCCUUGGUGGCAACCGUCAGAAAUCUGAUCUCGGUGGCUUCAAGGGAUCGGCGAAACUGGCGUCGGAUCCGGAUGUGAGUCUCGCAGGAAACGGGGCGCCGCCUGCUACGAAUACAGCGGGUAUUGUUAGUUUUGGUGGAGAUCAUAAGAGGGGGCAUGAGAGGGUGGGGAGCUGGGAACUUAGACAGAAGGAGUUUGGGAAAGAUGUUGGGGGGGAGAGUCCGAGGAGCAGUUUUGGGGGGAUUGAUGGGGUUGCUGUCAGGGGGGUUGAGGCUAGUGAUCGGGUGUGAGAUGCAGAUCUGACGGAGAUGAGAUGAAGGGUUUGAAAAGUUUGCUUGGUUGAUUUUGGGUACGCUCUUUACGACAUGAGGAUGGUGGAAUAUGGAAGAGGAGAGAGACAGAGAGGGCUGUGUAUGGGCUUCUGUUUCAUACGAUCUUGAUACCCGGUUUUCCCAUGCGUGGGACACCAUUGUAGGUUAUGUCUUUAUGAACACGACACUCGCUUUAUGAAUCAGAGAAUAUGAAUGUUCUCAAAUUAUCC